GGGAGCGCCAUUUUAACUUUAUGUUUCCUUGUGCCGAUGAGAAUUUGCUGCUGAGACGCCCGGAUAUCGGAAGAGGGAGUGCUCGAUCCGACUGGAGAGUUCACGGAGGGGCAGUGGAUAUCGCGGUGAGAUCAGAUUGUCUCGUUCCUUACGAUGUAUGCGUCGACCUCGGGAUCGACACCAAGGAAUGUCGUCUAUACAAUAGCCGACGAAGGGGAAAUCGGAGGUGAACUCGUCGCGAUUGAAUCGCCACAAGGCACACCGCAGAAACUACUGCUCAGUAAUGUGGUGAGCGUCGCCGCUUCCAGAGUCCGUGGUGAGAGUCAAAGAGGUUGUGAUUCUCUCUACUGUGAAUCAUGUCACAGCAGACUCCAAAAGCUCGACGAGAUGGAUCUCAAACAGACAGAGCUGGAGAUGAUGCUCCAAAUCUACCAGAAGAAAUUGGAUUUCUCAAAACGACUCCUGGAUGAGUAUCACUUAAAAGAGAAACCAUUCCUGAACAACAUCACGAAGAUCUUCAAUGGCGACCAAAUAGUUCGGAUUCUCACCGGCCACUGUCUGAAACGUCGCGGUGGAUCCAGCUGGGACGACGCGACUUUGAAAAAAGCUGCGAAACUCUACUUCUUGUGCUCCCCGCAAGGCUAUCAGGAAAUUCUAUCCCUGAAAUUGCCCUUACCAAGCAGCCACACCCUACAGAAUGUUAUUCAGAAAGGUCGAUCUCAGCCUCUGAACCCAAAACUGACCACGUUCAAUCCAUUCACUGCAAACGAUGUGACGUACUCGAUUUCCGUAACGCGGAAAAACCUCCAGCGCCAGAAACAAGUGGUCACUCCCAAGAAUCCAGCUGAGACGAAACAGGAGCGAGGAUAUGCUGAGAAGAUAUCCCGACUGUCCAAAGCCAACGACUCGACUCUGUCUCAAAACUUGGGGCUUGUGAUCUCGCAUGCGGAUGUGUCCAGAUUAGUGAACGAGGAAGAAGAGGAGAAUGACGAAGUCCAGGGCGUGGAGCUUGAGGAGGGCAAUGAGACUCAAGUCCGGGACAACUCCGUGGAUCGGGCAGUCGGAGCCGUUGUUCGCUCCAUGGUGGAUCAAGUGGUGAAGAACGUGACCACACGGCCGAGAGGGCCUUAUGUAUCGAUUCUCAGAAACCCCAAUGAUCCGAAUGCUCCAGCGAGAUACAACCUUGUCAUGCCCCGCCAUAUGUUGAAACCGGGACAACGCUUCGUCCUGAAACACCCUGCUCCAGGUCAAACGACGUCGACCGUUCAGAUCAUAAGUCAUGCUGUCAAGCGACUUCCAGCACCAGCAGCCCGCCAAGCUAUCAUUAAAAGAGCUCGAUUGACAGAUGACUCUUGAGAUAUGAGUGACUGUUUCCGAUGUGAGAAUGAUUUUUCGCAAG